CCUAAUCCCCUUGCCAUCUUAAUCCACGUCUGUGGAACUUAAUAGUGAACUUUUGUUUGAUUGAUGUAUUAGAGACUUGAUAAUUUUCCUGAUUGUGCUGCUUGCAUUUGCAUUUGUAGUAUACCCAUGUUUGGUUGUUCAAUACAUGGGUCAAGCUUCCUUCUUGUCAAGAAACCUUCAAAAGAUUCCCAACAGUUUUUAUGACUCAAUUCCUGGUUCUGUUUAUUGGCCUGUCUUUGUAAUUGCUACCCUUGCAGCUAUUGUUGGGAGUCAGGCUAUUAUAACUGCCACGUUUUCUAUAAUAAAACAAUGCCAUGCCCUUGGAUGCUUCCCUCGAGUUAAAGUUGUUCACACCUCAAAACAUAUAUUUGGCCAGAUCUACAUCCCAGAAAUAAAUUGGAUACUCAUGAUACUUACUCUUGCCAUAACUAUUGAUUCCAAGACACAACUUUAAUUGGAAAUGCUUAUG